AUGGGGAGAGGAAGAGUAGAGCUGAAGAGGAUAGAGAACAAAAUCAACAGGCAGGUCACAUUUGCCAAGAGAAGAAAUGGACUUCUUAAGAAGGCUUAUGAGCUCUCUGUCCUCUGUGACGCUGAGGUUGCUCUCAUCAUCUUCUCUAGUCGUGACAAGCUUUAUGAGUUCUGUAGUAGCUCUAGCAUGCUCAAAACUCUUGAAAAGUACCAGAGGUGCAGUUACAGUGCACUCGAAGCCAACCAACCAGUGAAUGAGAGCCAGAAUGGUUACCAUGAAUAUCUGAGGCUUAAGGCAAGAGUUGAAGUCCUCCAACAAUAUCAGAGAAAUCUUCUUGGAGAAGACUUGGGCUCACUAAAUACAAAAGAGCUUGAGCAGCUUGAACAUCAACUGGAGAUGUCCUUGAAGCAUAUAAGAUCAACAAAGACUCAGUUUAUGCUGGAUCAGCUUGCUGAUCUUCAAAGGAGGGAACACAUGCUUGCUGAAUCCAACAAAGUCUUAAGAAGGAAGUUGGAAGAAAAUACUGUUGAAAUGCCACUUAGGCUAUCAUGGGAAUCCGGAGCACAAACCAUCCCUUACAACCCACAUCCUGCUCAAUCAGAGGGUUUUUUUCAACCUUUGGGAUUGAAUUCCACAUUGCAAAUUGGGUACAAUCCUCUGCCUGUGGGUUCAAGUGAGAUAAAUUAUGCAGCUCCAACACAAAAUGCUCAUGGAUUUAUCCCUGGAUGGACUCUCUGAUGGAAGUUCAAUAUUUGUAAGC